AAAAUUCUCGACUUUGUUUGCACCUUCUAACCUAUAGUAGACCUAUCUUUUGUUUUUCUUUCGUUCCGUCCGGGAUUGAUUUCAUUCAUCUGUAGUUUAAUUGCACUUUGCUCUCCCGAAUAGAUCUCUAUAAUAAAAGAGAUCGUUUUACGUUCCAAUACAUUGUACUCCGCACGUAGCCUUUCUAAAAUCGAUUGGCUAUUCUGGUGAGGAACAUUGAGCCAAGACAAAGCGUCCUGUUGAAAUUGUAAAGGUUGACGCAGUUAAUUUUUUUGUUUUGUCUGCUUGUGUAUAAGAUGGUGAAAAUGAAGUUUAACUAUGUUCAGAUGGAGAUGAAUGGUGAAACAGAUCAUCGCAUGAAUGGCAAUCACUCUGCGUUUGGUCUCAAAGGUUCAACUGAUACAGAUACCAACCAGAGUUCCUAUGAGAUGUUGGAAGACAGUGAUGAGGAAGAAAUGGUUCUUACUAACGAGCUGAUUCUUGACCCGUUUUGUGAUCCUGAUAAUCCUAAGACCAUCAGUUUCAAUGAUGUCAGCGCUGCAGCCUAUAAGAUCAAAGGAGGGGUCGAGAAGACACCUUGCAAUUUAUCACAGAUGUCCAAACAGUAUGAUAUGAAGUUAUACUUCAAGAAAGAUUUCUUGCAAUAUACAGGGAGUUUCAAAGAGAGGGGAGCCCGAUAUGUCCUACAGCAGCUGUCAGAGAAAGGUGUGAUCGCCGCCAGUGCCGGGAACCAUGCCCUGGCUCUGUCCUACCACGGACACCUGCUGGACAUCCCCGUGACGGUAGUGAUGCCUAUCGUGGCGCCCAUGAUGAAGGUGGAGGCUUGUAGGCUGUACGGGGCCAACGUGGUGGUCUUUGGGAAGGAUUUCGGAGAGAGCAAACAGUAUGCCAUGCAGCUGAGUAAGAAGAAAGGCCUCCUUUAUGUCAAUGGCUACGACCACCCCCACAUCUUGGCUGGGCAGGGCACCAUGGGUCUGGAGAUCAUCGAGCAAGUCCCACAAAUCGAUGCCUGCAUCAUCCCUGUAGGGGGAGGUGGGCUGAUUGCCGGCAGUGCUGUAGCCCUCAAGAAUCUCAAACCUUCUGUUCAGAUCAUCGGCGUAGAAUCGGAAAGAUCCACGGGCUUCCAGGAGGCGAUGCGGACCGGCCACCCCGUCUACACCCCUGUGGGGCAGACACUCGCAGACGGUUUGGCUGUUCCUGUCGUUGGAUGCAACGCGCUGGCGACUGCAGAACCUCUAAUUGACAGAAUGAUCACUGUUAAAGAAUCUCACAUCGCCCUGGCCAUCCUGCGGCUGAUAGAGCAGGAGAAAGCCGUGGUGGAGGGCGCUGGUGCCACUGGUCUCGCCGCCAUUAUUCAGGGCCUGGUACCCGAGCUCAAAGGCAAAUCCAUCAAAGACAUCCUGCAUGAAAGGGCGUGGCUACAAACUGAUGUUUUCUCGGUCACG